UAUCAUCGGGGUGUCCGCCUUGUUCGAGGGGCUGGUCGUAGAGGUCCGAUGCGUCACGUUUAUUUGGGCCUUCUGCAUCCCACUGGCAGGGAAGCGCCCGAUUUUUUUUUCCUCCCUGCCUUAAAACGUCCUGUAUAUAUUUAUUCCACGCGUGGAUCUUCGGGAAAACAAGGUAUCGAAGGGAAAACGCGACGCAAAGUAUGCAUUUGGAGACAAUUCCCCCUGGAUUGGUGUUUAACAUAAAGAUUCACCUUGUUGAACAAUCACACCAUGAGCAAGCUUACCCAAAAGUCAUGAACCUCUCUACAAGACUAUUUUAGUAUUAUUUGUUACCUUUCCAAUGAACUGACCAUCACUUGUUGGAACAUUUUGUGCAAUCAGGUCCCAAAGUGCUGAUCCCUGAAAGCUGAAUUCAUACAUGUACAGUGGAAGAAUGACAGAAGCAUGGCAACAGCAACAUGCAGUGGCCCCUCCUCCUGUUGGGCACCCCCUUCUACAAGGGGCAGAGAAUGCUUUGGGCAGUGCUGCGUAUGGUAUUGUCCUACAGGCAGACCCUGCUUUGCAGCAGUCUCAGCAUGGCCAACAUGCCCAGCAGCACCCGCUGCCAGCUCAGCAGCCUCAGCUGCAGGUGGGAAGUGAAGGUGGCCACAAAUGUGGUGCUUGUGGCCAUGAUAUUUCACACUUGGCCAAUCCCCAUGAGCACCAGUGCAUGGUUAACCAGGACCGUUCUUUCCAGUGCACUCAGUGCAUGAAGAUCUUCAACCAAGCGACGGAUCUUCUAGAGCAUCAGUGCGUCCAGGUUGAGCAGAAGCCGUUUGUGUGUGGUGUGUGCAAAAUGGGAUUCUCCCUUCUCACGUCUUUGGCACAGCAUCAUAAUGAGCACACCAAUGGAAACAAUCCAAUGAAGUGCUCCAUUUGUGAAAAAACAUACCGCCCGGACUCCGCCUCCUCUAACCCUCAGCAGCCCUCCACUGCUGAGACUUCCAGUGACGGGGCAGCCAUGGGUUCCUCCUCCACUACAGCUUUCCAGGGCUCCGACCGUCCAUACAAGUGCUCCGUGUGCAAUAAGGCAUUUCGUCACCUUUCGGAACUCUCACGUCACGAAAGAGUGCACACGGGCGAGAAGCCCUACAAGUGCGACACUUGCGAGAAGAGCUUCAGUCAAGCUUCUCAUCUGGCGCACCACCAGCGCACUCACAGUGCAGAUCGCCCGUAUAAAUGCGCCGUUUGCGAGAAGACCUUCAAGCACAGGCAGCACCUGGUACGGCACAUGUACGCUCACUCUGGCGAGCACCUUUUCAAGUGCAACCUGUGCGAGCUUCAUUUCAAGGAGUCAUCCGAACUGCUACACCACCAGUGCCAGCCAGCCGGAGAGCGUCCCUUCCGCUGCGCGGCUUGUGGGAAGAGCUUCAAGCGGCCCUCGGACCUGAGGCAGCACGAGCGCACCCACUCCGAAGAGAGGCCGUUCCAGUGUGAGGAGUGUCAGAUGAGCUUCAAGCAGCAGUACGCGCUCGUUCGCCACCGUCGUACGCACAAAAACCCAGCAGAUCGCCCUUUCAAGUGCAAUCAGUGUGACAAAGGUUUCCUGCAACCUUCCCACCUGCUGUACCACCAGCACGUCCAUGGUAUCGAGAGUCUGUUCAAAUGUGCUGCUUGCCAAAAGGGCUUCAGACAAUCAGGGGAACUUCUAAGGCACAAGUGUACCGAAUCGAACUCUGGGUCAAAUGCCGCAGAGAAGCCGUACAAGUGCGACGUGUGUGGGAAGGGCUACAAAAAGUCGUCGACGUUACAGAGGCACCAGAACUCCCAUUGCACAGAGAAGCCGCUGAAGUGCUCGCUUUGCGGCCGCCGCUUCCAGUCCUCGUCCGAUUUCGUGCAGCACCGUUGCGACCCUGCUCGGGAGAAGCCGAUGAAAUGCACGGACUGCGAGAGGCGCUUUAAAUACUCAUCCGAGUUGCAGAGACAUCGGAGAGUCCAUACAGGAGAGAAACCCUUCAAGUGUCCCACCUGUGACAAGGGAUUCAAACAGCGAGAACACUUGGCCAAACAUGGCAUUGUCCACUCCCGGGAAGCCCAGUUUAAGUGUGUCUGGUGUGGAGAGUGUUUUGGAGAGCUUGGGGCCCUUCAAGAACAUACGGUUCAACACACUGCAGAAGGAGGGGGCUAUCCGGCGUCCUCAUGCAUAGAAUAGUGACUGUCUGCUGUUGUUCCUUACCAAGCGAAAACAUACACUCUGCACACAAUAGCACCAUUGCGAUUUUCCUUGCGUAUAUUUAGUGAAAUUGUACGUUUUACAUAUCCCACAAGCAUUGCAGUACGUGUUGGACUGGUAAGGAACAGCUUGUAAAAGUCUUGAUGUACCUCUGGGUAGAUAUUGGCAACAUUGCGUCUACUCCACAGACAGAAACUUGCCUCAGUUCUGUACCGACCACAUUGACGAACAGAACCGCACACAUAAAUGGUUGCUACUCAAAAAUAAGCUUGUAAAAAUGAACAAUUUUGUCUCACGUGCAACUCAUUAGACAUACACCGUGUGCUUAGGCCUGGUGUUUCCAACAAAGAAAAAGCUGAUCGGUUUUACAAGGAACUAAAGAUUUAGUUUGAGUUCUGCUUUGUAUCUAAAAUUCAAUCUAUCUAAAACAAGACAAGAUUGCAGUAAUGGAAUUGGUAUGCAAGAGGUUAACAACCUGGAUCUGCUUUUUGAUGUUCGUACGAUUGACCGCAGCUAGACGUCUCAUUGCGUUAGUUUUGUUGAGUUUUUUUUUUUUUUUUUUUUUAAUCAUUUGGCCUUGUAACUUUUUAAAUUAACUGCCUUUCUUCCAGUAUCUCCAUCUCAUGCUUCCAUGUUAGCUAUGGAACUUGAACACUGUAUGGCCAUCUGGACAAUAUACAGUAGUGAUUGUAUGUACUCGUAAUGUAUAACUCCCAUCACCUAACCCAUGAUGUAACAGGGUAUAUGUAUGCAUGAAUAGCCUAAAUAAUUUAAACAGUUUGUUGUAAUCUGUCAUUAGUGCAAACUGCUAUGUUAAACUUGUAGGCGAAGGACUACACAGAAAAAUAUUAGCCAUUCUUUUUCUCUAGUGCAUUUUGACUCAUCUCUAACAUUGACGCAAUAGUUUGCAAGCAGUUCUGAGAGUAAAUUUACAGUAGUACAAAGAUUUACAGUUACUUUUUAACUGCCAGGCAACAGAGAACAACAAUGAAGUAUUUUUGUUUGCGGAUUGCAAACAGACGGUGUUGCGUUAGCUAAACAAUGCUGUAGAAUUUGUAAAGUUAUCUGUACAUGGAUGUUUUGUAUCGCUUUGACAUGAGUACAGUGCUAGGAUUUAGUAUCUGUUUGUGUAUCAUCAUACUGUAGACUGUGCAUGUGAUCGUUUCCUCUUGUGAGGAUAUGUUGGUUCUGUUUCGGUGGAUUAUUCUUUUGCCACAGACGACUUGUUCGGUUUCUCUGCCACAGAUUCUUUCUUUGCUUGGUAUUUCUUCAGUUGGUAUUCCAUUUUGUGCUUUCCAAAUCGGAUCAGUUGACAGUAGAACCUUUGAUUUGGGUUGAAAUACUAAACCACAGAUAGAUGUGCAGAUUUGGACGGCAGCAACUUUGUAAUUAUAAAAAUAAAUAAAUAAUUUUAAACAAAUCCAAGAGUACAAAUACAUGUAAUAUGUUUAAAAGAAUCUAAAAACACAGUAUUAACUAGUAGUAGAGUGUUUUUUGUUUUUUUUUAAAUAAAAAAUUCAGAAACCUCUUACAAUGCAGUGUCUAAAUGUCUAAGCAUAUUAAUUGAAUCCAUAUUAACGAUACAUUGUAUGAUCCUAACAGCUUGAAUGUAAACAUUGCAAACAUUUCCUUUUCCCUUUCGAUGCCUCUGAAAGCCUUAUUAACAUUAAUGGCUUAUGUGUCAGUAUUGUUUGUUCUGUUACAGAUUUGUGUACUCUUAUUUUCAUGUGCAUUAAAUGCAGAGACUGAA